AUGAAAUAAAAGGGAUAAUAAAAGAAAAAAGUUAUAACUAGAGAAAUAUUAUUAGAAUAACUAAAAUAAAAUCUCUAAAUGAUGAAUCAUAAGAUGAGUUUUUUGGUAUAAGGAGCUGAUGGUGAAAUAUUUAUAAAAGAACAUUUAUGUGAAUAAGGAAAACAACCUUAUGAUGAUAACACUAGAAUUCAUAUAGCAUCUGGAUGUAAAUGGAUUGCAAUGGCAACAAUAAUGAAAGUUGUUGAAUUAGGAUUAGUAAAUGUUAAUACAAAAGUGAUUGAUAUAUAUCCUGAAUUUAGAAAUACUAAUCCAAAUUUAAUCCUAAAACAUUUGAUUACUCAUACAUCAGGAUAUGAAUUAGCUGAUGAAUGGAUAUUGGAUUUAGAUAUUUCCUUAUAAGAAUCUGUAAUUGGAAUUGCUAAAGGAGGAAAAUAUCCAGCAAGUAAAGUUCAUUUUUAAGGAGGGACUAAAGUUGGUUAUAGUGAUAUAGGAAUGUAAAUAGCAGGAGGUAUGGCAGAAAAAAUAACAGGAAAAUCAUUUCAUUAAUUAUUUAAUGAAUUCAUUGCUAUACCUUUAGAAAUGAAAAAUGCAGAAUUUACAGCAUUUGAUGGACAAAAAGGUUAAAAUAUUGCUAUUGCAGAUGGAUUUUUAAUUAGAAUGAUUGAUUAUGCCAAUUUUAUGAGAAUGAUUCUUAAUUAUGGUACUUUUAAUGGUAAGUAAAUCUUAAAGAUAUCAACUGUUAAAUAGAUGCUUUAAGAUUAUACAAGUGAUUUACCUGUUUCUAAAAAAAUUAUGAAAGAGGUAGUAGGAGAUGUUUCUGAUUUUUAUGGAUUUGGUAUAGGAGCAUGGAUAUAUGACACAAAUUAAAAUAAUUAACCUGUGAUUUUUUCAAGUUCAGGAAUUCAUGGAUUUUCAAAUUGGAUUGAUAUUGAAAAUUAAUAUUUAUGUAUAUUUUACAUAAGAACAGAGGUUGAAAAUGAACCAUUAAUUUCAGAAUUAACUGAAUCUAUGAGACCUUAAAUUUUAGAAUUUGUUUUAAAAGAAACUGAAAAACUAAAAUAAAAAUUAGUGAAUGUUUGA